UUUGUUGACCUCUGUACCUUCUGGCUUCCUCCACUCCUGGGCACAACACAUGGCCAUUCCGAGGGCGCGACCGGUCAGACGCAGGCGAGCAGCACCACGAGCAGCGGCCUGGUCCUGCAAGGUCAAGGGAGAAGCCUCCUAGAAUUUUCAGGUGGGAGAGAAUGGAGGAGCCAAGCCUGAGAAAAAGGAGAGAAGAUGAGAAGUCAGUGCAGAGUGAAGAACCCAAGAACACAAGUCUCCAAAAGGAGCUGGGCCUUUUCAGCGGCAUCUGCUUCAUCGUGGGCAGCAUCAUCGGCUCUGGAAUCUUCAUUUCCCCCAAAUCUGUGCUGAGCAACACGGAAGCUGUGGGGCCCUGUCUCAUCAUAUGGGCGGCUUGUGGGAUCCUCGCGACAAUGGGUGCCCUGUGCUUUGCGGAGCUUGGCACGAUGAUCACCAAGUCGGGCGGCGAGUACCCCUACCUGAUGGAGGCCUUCGGCCCUCCCGUCGCCUACCUCUUUUCCUGGACCAGCCUGUUCGUCAUAAAGCCCACAUCCUUUGCCAUCAUCUGCCUCAGCUUUUCCGAGUAUGCCUGCGCGCCCUUCUACUCGGGCUGCAAGCCCCCUGAGCUGGUGGUUAAGUGCCUGGCAGCCGCUGCCAUCUUGUUCAUCAUCACGGUGAACGCCAUGAGCGUGCGGCUGGGGAGCUACGUCCAGAACGUGUUCACAGCGACCAAGAUGGUGAUUGUGGCCAUCAUCAUCAUCAGCGGAUUCGUGCUCCUGGCCCAAGGAAAUACAAGGAACUUUCAGAAUGCUUUUGAGGGCUCAAAACUGACCGUGGGAGCCAUCAGCCUGGCCUUUUACAACGGGCUCUGGGCCUACGACGGAUGGAAUCAGCUCAAUUAUAUCACGGAGGAACUGAAAAACCCUUUCAGGAACCUGCCGCUGGCCAUCGUCGUCGGGAUUCCCCUGGUGACAGUGUGCUACAUACUCAUGAACGUGUCCUACUUCACCGUGAUGACGGCGACGGAGCUCCUGCAGUCCCAGGCGGUGGCCGUGACGUUUGGUGACCGUGUCCUCUACCCAGCCUCGUGGGUGGUUCCCCUCUUUGUGGCUUUCUCCACCAUCGGUGCCGCCAACGGGACCUGCUUCACUGCGGGCAGGCUCGUUUACGUUGCAGGCCGUGAGGGCCACAUGCUCAAGUUGCUCUCCUACAUCAGUGUCAGGCACCUGACUCCAGCCCCUGCCAUCAUCUUUUAUGGUAUCAUUGCGACUAUUUACAUCAUCCCUGGUAACAUAAACUCAUUAGUCAAUUACUUCAGUUUUGCUGCAUGGAUGUUUUAUGGCUUGACAGUUCUGGGACUGAUUGUGAUGAGGUUUACGAAGAAAGACGUGAAAAGACCUAUCAAGGUGCCCAUCGUCAUCCCCAUCUUGGUGACCCUCGUCUCUGCAUUUCUGGUUGUUGCCCCAAUUGUCACUGAGCCUGCGUGGGAGUACCUCUACUGUGUGAUAUUUAUACUGAGUGGCCUUGUAUUUUACUUCCUUUUUGUCCGCUGUAAGUUCGAAUGGAUCCAGAAAAUCUCAAACCCUAUCACAAUGCACCUUCAGAUGCUGAUGGAAGUGGUCCCACCAGAGGAAGCGCCCGAGUAGCGAGUUCAGUCUCCUGCAGUGAAGUCCAAGUUGGGAUGAAUUUAUUUUUGUAAGCAAUA